CUUGAAUGUGGGCCGUCUGAAAGCGCCAUCUUACUUUUUGUUAGAGUGCUGAGCUGUACGUUCCCGGUCUGAGCGAACGGGACGCAGCUAUGCCGCUUUAUCAGACCUGGGAGGAGUUCACUCGCGCAGCGGAGAAACUGUAUCUGUCCGAUCCUAUGAAGGUCCGAGUCGUACUCAAGUACCGACAUUGUGAUGGGAAUCUGUGUAUUAAAGUAACAGAUGAUGUUGUUUGUCUACUCUAUAGGACAGAUCAGGCUCAAGAUGUAAAGAAAAUUGAGAAAUUCCACAGUCAAUUAAUGCGACUGAUGGUAGCCAAAGAAUCCCGCAGUGUUGCUAUGGAAACAGACUGAAUAUCUGGAAAUAAAAUGAAUGUUCCAGUCACGUAUCACAGGAGGAAUGUAUCUGUUGGAUUUGGGCAUAUUUUGGAAUGGACACACGAUGGCAUCAAGUGGACUAUUAAAAUUUAAACAGUUUUAUAAGGAAUUUGGGGGCUCCACUUCAGAGUGGCUAGUAGACUAUAUGCUUUCAUUGAAAGCUUCUAUUUAUUUUUCUUUCAAUUUGAGUAAGGAAAUAUAUAUGUUCUUUCCUGGAAUUUGUAAAUGUUAAAAUAUACUCAGUCAUAUAUUUAUGACUUCCUUUCUUAAAUCUUUAGGACAUUGCUUAAAAAUGGAAGGGGUUCUCUGAUGGGUUGAAGAAUGCUGUUAUAUAGAAAGGGGUUGUGGAAUUUUAUGUUCUAUUAAAUUAGUGUAUAAUCUUUAUAUAUUGAUGUAUUAUUUAGUUGGCAAAUAACAUUGAUAAAAUGUUCUACUGGAAAAACAAGGACGCUUGUGAAUCAAUUCAUGUGUCUAGACUUAACAAUUCAGAACUGAUUCUUGCUUCAUAAUCAUAUACACUGAAAAACAUUUUCUGUUUGUUAACAGGUAAUGCUAAAAACAGAUAUUUCUGCAUUGUAUUUAAGAUUGCUGGCAAAGACACCUUAGGUGAGAUGGGCAGCAUACAAGUUUGAUAAAUAAUUCAAACUAGCUUUGAUUUUGAAUGAUAGAAAGAACUAGAGAUGUGCAGAACAUUUGAUCUUGAACUGCUCCAGAUGUAAAAUUUCAGGAGUCCUCUUGCUUCUAGUACAAAACUGAAACACUUCUGCAAUGCUUGAAACACCUGUUUCACACUUGAAUGAGACACUUUGCAAAAUAUCACGUUAAAAUGGUUUGAAACCAAAUGUUUUACUUGUAGAAGGCACCAAAGCGUAUGAAUAAAAUUGUGUGUAGAACUUUUAAAUAACUUA